UCCCACCCGAGCAAGCCGAGAAGAGCCUAAAGCAACUUGUGCAGAACGUAGACACUGACGGCAGCAAUGGAGUGUCUGUAUCAGAGAUGGUGGAGUGGAUGGUGCGACUGGAGAAAGCAGAGACACUGAAAGGUCUGCAAAACCAAUUCAGGGAGGCUGAUCGCAACAGCAAUGGAUAUGUCACUCUGACAGAAUUUGCUCACACCAUGGCCAGCAUUGAUAAGGAUAUGAAGGUCCGAAUGGAUGAGGUGCUCGCAUACUCUCGUCCAAUUUUCAACGGAGCAGAUGAAGAUAAAGAUGGACAAUUGAGCAUCGAGGAGUACGCAGCAUUUAUGCACCCUGAACUUCACAUCCAUAUGGUCGACGUUCUGGUGGAGUCAUUUUUGGAACAGUAUGAUAACAAUGACGAUGGACAUGUCAGCUUCUAUGAGUUUAUGGCCAUUUAUAUGCCAAAGUCUGCCGAUGAGAGAGGGAAAGAGCCAAAUUGGGCAGACAACACAAGAGAAAUGUUCAGAGAAUUUCUGGACACAAACAAAAACGGAUUGUUGGACAGGAGCGAGAUGAGGAAGUGGGUGGCGACUGAAGUCACCCACAGAGCUCACAGCGAGGCUAGCAUGCUCCUUUCUCGGGCUGACAAAGACAAGGAUGGAGAGGUGAGUCAUAGUGAAGCAGUGAAAGAGUUUGAUCUCAUCGCAGCCAGCAAACUGGCUCUCCAUCACAACGUCCCUCACCAGGAACUCUGACAAAUCAUCACCUCAGCCAAUUAUUGCAGGGACUCCUUCAUUAAUAGAUCAACGCAACAAUUGUGUGUGUCAUUAGAUUGUAUAUAUGGAGCAUACAUGAUUGUACAUAUCA